AGGAGGAAGAAUAGAAGGAGUAGGCUACAGUCACAGCCCUGGUACAGUAGCCUACCAUGUAAAUGUUACAAACUUUAUGAACUUUUGUCCGAUAAUCUUUUUUGUUGUUGUUGCUUUGAAUUUAUGAUACGGUAUUAUUAUUGCCGACUUUCAACCACACACCCUGGACCUUGGUGUGGUGUGGUGUGGGGUUGCUCAACUCAACCUAUCAACUAGCCUAUGUUGCAAUCAGAUCGGAUACUUUGCAAUCUGAAACACGUUCUCUGCUAUGAAUACAUCGACAUAAUAGCCUAAUAAAAGGCUAUCCGCUCUACUCUGGUUUAACGUAGGCCUACUAUACAAUGUGUGAGUGUGAUAAAACAUUCUCUGUUGUGAGGGAUUGCUAGUCAGUGUGCAUUCAUCUACAUGAGUGUUUUUAAGCACUUAACCUUAGGCCUAUACCUGUAAACCCCACAACGCAGCAGUCUAUUAAAAGCAAAAAAUCAAGCAGCAGGGGUCCUGAGAUAGGCUUCUGAAAUGCCUCUCUUCCGCCAGUUGGGCGAGUCAAGGAGAGAAAAUGAAAAACGACAGGUGAAGACGGGAAAAAGCAAGUUGAGGGGCAAAGACCCCGAUGCUACUUUGACCAGCUUGUGCCUUGUGAAUAUUGUGAAAAAUAUGAACAAUGUCUGGGCCCAGGACUAUGCCCAGAACUACAUGGACCAGUACUUCUUCAGAUACAUCAUGGGCCCCUUCAAUCCGCUACCUUCGGAGCUGCUGGAGGAGCUCUUGUCUGUGUUGUCCUCGCGGCGCCUGAUGACCCGGGCGGCCCUGCACCUCCUGCUGCUGCCCCAGCUGCGUCACCUCUCCCUGGGCCACUGCCCUGGCCUCGUCACCGCUAACCUGUGCGGCAUCAUCGGGGCCCGCUGCCAGGGUCUGGUGUCUCUGGACCUCAGCGGUGCGGCCAGCGUCCCGUCCCCAGUCCUGAGUGACCUCCUGGGCCGCCUCCGCAGCCUGCGCUCCCUGGGCCUGGCCGGGACCUUGUCUGACGCCCGGGUGACCGAGGCCUUACCCGCCCGCUGCCCCUCGCUCCGUCACCUGGACGUCAGCCGCUGCCACCACCUGAGCCCGGCGGGCCUGCUUCACCUGUCCCCGCGUCACCCCGCCACUAGCCCCGGUGGCCCUGGUGGUGGUGGCCUGCCUCACCUCCGCAGCCUCCUGGCACUGGAUGUCGGGUUCGGGGAGGAAGAGGAGGACAGGCAGGGUGCCGCGGCCUUCCUGCUGCUCAGCCUGCCCUGGCUGGAGAGGGUGGCCCUGGAGGGGCUGGGGGAGGCCUGUGCCCUCCUCACCGAUGGAGGCGGAGGCCUCCAGGAGGUGGAGGGUUUCAGCAGGCGUGCGGGCAUACCGGACCUGAAGGAGCUGUGGGCGGAGAGACUCCGUGGGGAGGAGCGCGCAGGUGCGAACGGUGUCACAACAACACCACCAGCGGCAGGCACAGGUGGACAGCAGGGGGAAGGAGAAGAGGAGAGCUCUUUUCUUCUGUCUGCAGCACAGGGAAACGAUUGCUCUCGGACUCAGGAGAGUGAUGACGAGGAUGCCGCUGAAUAUGAGGACAAAGAUGAGGAUGAGGAUGAGGAAGAGGGAGAGGUUAAGCGUAGAGAAAGACCUGGGCACGUUUUCAGCAAUGCAGUGACGAUGGAAAGGACACGUGACAAAGAGGCAGCGUCACCAGAAGAGGCACGGGAACGGCAUGAAAGCACUUGGCAGAGCCCUCUCCUAACGCUCCCCCUGAGGCAGGUCCAGGGGGUGUCCUUCACCACAGUGGGAGCUCUAGCCCAGCUCUGCCCCAGCGUGUGUGCUCUGACGCUGGACUGCGACCCAGAUGGGGAGCCGGAGGCGGUCUCGGGGGCCCGCGUGGCCAAAGCGUUGUCCCGAUGGUCCUCCAGUCUGAGGAGCCUCACGCUGAGGUUCCCGGGGGGGGCUCUGUCGGAGAUGGCGCGGGCCGUGGAGCCCGUGGGCGCGUCCCUGGUGUCUCUGACUGUGGAAGGGGUGCGGGCAGACGGGGUGGACCCUCUGCUGACUCUGCUCCGCUCCUGCCCCCAACUCACAACGCUGACCAUUCACAUGGAGCCUCCCAGCAUGCACUACGACCAGGAGGAGGAGGAGGAGGAAGAGGGGGGAGAGGGAGAGAGACAGCAGGACCUUCAGGCUUUACCCUGUCUUCCUCGCCUGUCGUGUUUAGAUAUGAGCUUUUCUUUCGACCCACGCCAAAAGAAAACUGUGAUGUCGUGGAGAUCCCUUAAGGUGGCGCUGUUGGCUUUGCUAAGGGGCUCCCCUCUCCUAGAGACAGUUACCCUGGUGGCCGUGCCCUGUCCCCUGGACCCGCUCUUCCUCUCGGUGCUGGACCAUGCCCUCUCCUCACGGAACCCCGCCCUCCGACACCUCAAGCACUUGAAUCUCGCACACUCCGACGUCUCGAUGGCAACCCUGUCGCGACUGGACGUCGUGGGCAACGGUUUGUCCACGCUGGACCUCAGCGGUUGCUGGGCCGUGACGCGUCAUGAUGUCAGCCGGUUGCAGAGGGCAGGUAAAGGGAGACGGCAGACGCUGAAUGUCACUUGGACCUGAUGUGGGAGGGCACAAUGCUGAGACCCGGUUUGCACGUAUAUGGAUAUCAUUUGUAAACAUUUAUACAACUCCCAUUGUCAUUUGUAAACUCCAAAUCCCAUUGUCAUUGUGACACAGCAAUCCACAGCACACAAGUGUUCACUGCACACAAGGAAAUUGCAUACAUGCCUCACCCGUGCUAAGGGGCAGCCUCCAAUGGCCGCCCCAAGGGA